AUAAAGUCGGCUUACCAACGCGGUGUGGCUCUUCUCGAAAAUAAUUUGCCGAAAGGAAAAAUGGCCGCUGUAGGUUUGUCAUUGGAAGAGUGUCAAAAGCGUUGCCCACCAGGAAUUGGGAUCGGAUGUCACAAUAGUAAAGACAACGUGACCAUAACGGGUCCGGAAAAUCUAGUUGAUGAUUUUGUUGCCAAGUUAACCGCCGACGGAAUCUUUUCCAGAACAGUACCGAGUGCCGGUUUAGCAUUUCAUAGCAACUACAUUGCAAAUGCUGUACCUGCUCUACAAAAAGCUUUUGAUGAAAUCAUCCCACAUCCAAAACCACGUAGUUCCAAGUGGAUUUCUUCGUCAUUUCCAGAGUCCGCAUGGGAUACUCUCGGUGGAAAGCUUUGUUCAGCCGAGUACCAUAUCACUAACGUAAUUGCACCGGUCUUAUUUUACGAGGCGAUUCAACACAUUCCUAAGAACGCUAUUGUAAUUGAAAUUGCCCCGCAUGGUCUACUGCAAGCCAUACUAAAGAGAACGCUUCAUUCUGAAUGCACAAACAUCAGCCUUGUUAGUAGAGCCGCUUCGAAUAAUGUAGAUUUCUUCUUAUCGGCGAUUGGAAAGAUAUUCAACGCUGGCGCCCAACCUCAAAUUGCACGAAUGUAUCCACCGGUACAAUAUCCAGUUGGUCGCGGUACCACAAUGAUUAACUCAUUGGUGGAGUGGGACCACUCAGAGAAAUGGACGGUUGUCAACUUUGCGGAACAAAGUUCAAUGUCGGGAGAAUGUAAAUAUAACGUAGACCUUACAAAGGAACUCGACCAAUUUCUAACCGGUCACAAACUUCAUGGGAAAAUUGUGUUUCCAGUAGCAGGAUACCUAAUUAUGGCUUGGAAAACACUGGCUAAACUACGAAAUGAAGAUUUUGAGCAGAUGCCAGUUGUCAUGGAAGAAGUGCAAUUUAAGCGAGGGACUAAAAUAUCGAUGGACGCAGUUGUUAAAUUUUCGAUCAAUAUUCUGGAGAGUUCUGGCGAAUUUGAAAUUUGCGAGGGGGGAUCUUCGGUUGUGUCAGGAAAGAUCUUUGUACCUCGUGAUGUUUCAAAGGAAUUCGUUCCCGUUCCUCAAGCUCCCAUCAAAGCUGAGACUGAUCUGCUUCAACUAACCACUGACGAUAUUUACAAGGAACUCAGAUUCCGAGGAUACGACUAUGAGGGCCCCUUUCGAUUAAUAGAAUCCUCGGACAACCGCUUCGUGAAUGGCAUAGUUAAACGCCAAAGCAACUGGGUCACUGAUCUAGACGCACUUUUUCAAUUUACAAGUUUAGGUCAGAAAGCUAGAGAUCUUUACGUGCCCACACGAAUUCGGCGAGUUGUCAUAAAUCCGACCUUGCAUCGUGCUUCAAAUAAUAGCGUUCCGAUAUCGAUGUUUCCCAAAACUGGCGUCGCUCAUUGCGGGGGUUUUCAAGUGCACCAAAUCAAAUGGAGCAUUUCACGCAAACCUUUGGAUUUAGUUCCCCCUAAGCUAGAAAGAUACAAGUUCGUACCAUACGAUGAUGUUAUCCUCCCCAGGGAACAUGCGCUAACGGUACUCACUCAGAUUGUCUUGGAAAAUACGGAUGCUCUUAAAUUGAGAGUCAUAGAAAUGUUGCAAGAUACGAACAAAGUUAAAACUUUUCACAUCAAAGAAGCUAUAGAGGCCGAACCCAAAUUAUCAGUAGAUUACGCUGUAAUCAAAUUGAUAGAAACCAACCUAGCCGAAUUUGAAACAGAACAAGUUCAGGUACUACCAAGAGAAAUGUUAGAUCAAUUUAAAGCAAACGUUCACCUGGUUGUCAUGAAAGAUGUCCAGUCGCCUGGAAAUUUAGGCCUCACGAAAAGUGCGUGCGCUGCAUUGAAACCGGGUGGAUUUAUUCUAAGUGAAGAACAGGAAUUGAGUGAUAUCGUGAUCUUGCAAUCGCUUGGAUUGAAGGCUGUAGCCACUCACUGUGCGGAUAUGACAAAUUUCGUAUUACUGCGAAAACCACUCGAAAUUCAACGGGAUUUGCUCGUACUUAAAAUUACUGAAAAGAAUUAUAAGUGGGUAACACCCUUAGCCCAGGCGCUUAAAAAAUCUGCAACAGAUGGAACUAAAAUAUUCUUAGUCAGUCAAGGUGAUGAGUUCAGUGGGUUGGUAGGACUAGUGAAUUGUUUGAAGAAGGAACCGGGAGGAAUGAAUGUACGUGCCUACUACAUACCCAAAGAAACAAAAGAAACCUUCUCGCUGUCUUCCGCAUAUUAUCAAAAUCAGAUUGAGAAAGAUUUAAUUCACAACGUUCUGAAAUACGAAAUGUGGGGAUCGUACCGUCACCUACUUCUAGACCGAAACAUUGUCGCCUCGAAUCACGCUUACAUUAAUAUAGACACGAAAGGCGAUCUGACCACUUUAAGAUGGGUGGAAGGUCCACAUCACAGCCCUGAAGAUACAUCCGACCUAUGCUCGGUGUACUACGCGUCAGUCAAUUUUAGGGAUGUAAUGCUGGCAACCGGACAUUUACCUUCUGACGCUGUGCCUGGUGAGUAUGGCACCCAUGAGUGCUUGAUGGGUUUGGAGUUUUCCGGGCGAGAUAGCAAAGGCAGAAGGGUUAUGGGACUUGUCGAGUCGCGUGGUUUGGCCCUGACCUGUAUUGCUCAACCACAUUUACUAUGGGAAGUUCCAAAGCAAUGGACCCUUGAAGAGGCGGCCACGGUUCCUUUAGUUUACGGAACAGCGUACUACGCACUAAUAAUUCGAGGGCAACUUCAACCGGGAGACUCGAUACUUAUACACUCAGGUGCUGGAGGUGUGGGACAAGCGGCUAUAUCAGUUGCACUCAGCAUGGGUUGUACCGUAUUCACGACAGUUGGCAACCAAUCAAAACGUACUUUUUUAAAGCAGACAUUUCCACAAUUGCGCGACGAACACAUCGGCAAUUCACGCGACGCAAGCUUCGAGCAGUUAAUCCUAAACGAAACUGACGGCCGCGGCGUUGAUGUGGUCUUAAACUCGCUCGCGGGAGACCUACUCCAAGCAUCGGUGCGCUGCCUUGCAUGGGGAGGUCGUUUUUUGGAAAUUGGAAAGGUCGACUUAUUCGACAAUUCACUUUUGGGAAUGAGCGUAUUUUUGAAAAACACCACGUUCCAUGGGAUUCUGUUUGACGUGAUGAUUGAAAAGAAUAAUUACCACACCCCUCGCAUAGUUCAGUUGGUUAGCGACGGAAUAGCCAGCGGAGUAGUUCGACCACUGUCGUCAACGGUUUUCGGAGAAGAUCAAGCAGAGGAAGCCUUUCGAUUCAUGGCCUCUGGAAAACAUAUCGGAAAAAUCCUACUGAAAAUCAGAACCGAGGAGGAUCAGAGCGUUUGUAUUCCGCGCCCAACAGUUACAAAUUGCGUUGCUCACAACUACAUGCAUCCAAAGAAGAGUUACGUCGUCGUAGGUGGACUUGGCGGCUUUGGUUUGGAAUUGACAACCUGGUUAAUACUCAGAGGAGCGACUAAGAUAGUGUUAUGCUGUCAUAACGGUGUUACAACGGGAUACCAAUCGUUGUGUAUCAGACGAUGGCGCGAGGAUGGUGCAACAAUUGCGAUUUCUCAAACUGACGUCACUUCCGAGCAUGGCGUCUCCGAACUUUUCAAGGAGGCACUUCACCACGGCCCCAUUGGUGGCGUAUUCAAUUUAGCCGAAGUUCUCGAAGAUGCCCAAACGAUAAAUUUGUCCGCGGAAGAUUUCGAGGCAGUAUGCCAACCAAAAAUACAAGGUACCAAAAAUUUGGAUGCCGCAACGCGAUCUUUAGCACCAAAUUUGGACCAUUUUGUUGUGUUUUCAUCAAUAUCUUGUGGUCGAGGUGGUAUGGGGCAAGCGAACAAUGGAUUCGCCAAUUCCGCAAUGGAACGGAUAUGUGAAUCUCGUCAAGCCGACGGUUUCCCAGGCUUGGCCAUUCAGUGGGGCACCGUUGAUGACGUCGGCAUUGCAAAGAAAGUCGAUGAAGUGUCCUUAGCUUUGGGAAUAAUUCCACAGCGUAUAAGAUCGUGUUUGAAUACCAUGGAUGUUUUCAUUAAUCAACCACACGCUAUUGUGGCUAGCAUGGUUUUAGGAAAAAGCGUUAAAGUAGAGAAAGAGAUUGGUAUGGCAGACGUUGUCGCAAACAUACUAGGCCUUAAAGACUUCAAGACUGUAUCACCCACAAUGGUAUUUUCCGACUUUGGAAUGGACUCGCUUAUGGUUUCUGAAAUAAAGCAAACUUUAGAAGAAAACUACGACAUACAUUUAACUGUGGAUGGGGUUCGUAGCCUUACAUUCGAACGGUUAUCACUAUUGAGUAUCGCUAAAUGAAGAUUCGCAGGUUAUAUUUAAAUUAUUUAAUUAAAUAAUUACUUCAUAUCCACAAAUUGAAUCAGAUGUAAUAACCCCCAGCUCGCCUCUAAAACGGCUGCGAAGCUACUGUUUAUCACAGCCAAAUUACAUGUAAUAAUAACAUAUACUUGUUUUUAUGUCCUGUUUCUUCCCAGAAUUUAGCUA